AUGGUUCUCUUUUCUUUUUUCUCUUCCUCUUUUCCUCCUCCUCCUCCUCCUUAUUCUCUGCCUUUUCUUUCUUUCUCUCUCCCUUAUUAUUUUCCUCUUCUCUUUUAUCUUUAUUCCCCUUUUUCCUUGUCACUUCCUCCUCUUUUCUCUUUUCUUCUUCUUCUAACUUCUUUUUCUCUGCUUCCUUUCUCUCUCUUUUCUAUCUUUCUCCUUUUCUUCCUCCCCACCCUUCUUUUCUUCAUUUUCUAUCUUUUUCCUUCUCUCCCCUCACCCUUUUUUUUUUUUUUCCUUUUUUUCUAUCUUUCUCCUUUUUCUUCUUCCCCAAAAGGAUUCUUUCUUCCUUUUUUUUUCUUUUUCUUUCUCCUCAAAGAAAAUUCUUCCUUUUCUAUCUUUCUCCUUUUAUUCUUCCCCACCUUUCUCUUCCUUUUCUAUCUUUCUCCUUCUCUUCCUCCUCACCCUUCUUUUCUUCCUUUUCUAUCUUUCUCCUUUUCUUCCUCCCCACCCUUCUUUUCUUCAUUUUCUAUCUUUUUCCUUCUCUCCUCCUCACCCUUCUUUUCUUCCUUUUCUAUCUUUCUCCUUCUUUUCCUCCCCACCCGUCUUUUCUUCCUUUUCUAUCUUUCUCCUUCUUUUCCUCCCCACCCUUCUUUUCUUCCUUUUCUAUCUUUCUCCUUCUCUUCCUCCCCACCUUUCUCUUCCUUUUCUAUCUUUCUCCUUCUCUUUCUCCCCAAUUUCUUUUCUUCCUUUUCUAUCUUUAUCCUUUUCUUCCACCUCACUUAUUUUCUUCUCUUUCUCCCACCCUUCUUUUCUUCCCCCACCCUUCCUUUUCUCCCCCCCCACCCUUCCUUUUCUCCCCCACCCUUCCUUUUCUUCCCUUCCCCUACCCUUCCUUUUUUUCCCUUCCCCCACCCUUCCUUUUCCCUUUUAUACCCUUUUUUUUCUUCCCUUUUUUACCCUUCUUCCCUUCCCCCACCCUUCUUUUUCUUCCCUUCCCCCAUCCCUUCCUUUCUUCCCUUCCCCCACCCUUCCUUUCUUCCCCUUCCCCCACCCUUCUUUUUGAAAAAUUUCCUUUCCCCCAUUCCUUUCUUCCUUCCCCCUUGCUUCCUUCCUUUCUUCCCUCCCCCAAUUUAUUCCUUCCUUUCUUCCCUUCCCCCACCCUUCCUUUUCUUCCCUUUCUAUCUUUUGCCUUCUCUUCCUUCCCCAUCUUUCUCUAUUUUUCUUUCUUCUACACCUUCUUCUUCACUUUCUCCUUCCUCCUUCACAAUAAUAGGCCAACCCUUAAGCUUAACCAAUCGAACUACUUUUGCUGUUGAAAGAGGACAUCUGCGGAGAGAGGUGGUUGCCUAUUAA